GCGGCAGCGGCUGAGGCAGCCACGAUGAGCUCGGGCGACGCCGUGUGCACGGGCUGGCUCGUGAAGUCGCCCCCCGAGAGGAAGCUGCAGCGCUAUGCUUGGCGCAAGCGCUGGUUUGUCCUCCGGCGGGGUCGCAUGAGUGGCAAUCCUGAUGUCUUAGAGUACUACCGAAACAAGCACUCCAGCAAGCCUAUCCGUGUAAUAGACCUCAGCGAAUGCACUGUGUGGAAACAUGCAGGUCCUGGCUUCGUCAGGAAGGAAUUUCAGAACAAUUUUGUGUUCAUUGUCAAGACUACUUCCCGUACAUUCUACCUGGUAGCAAAGACUGAAGAAGAAAUGCAGGUGUGGGUACACAGCAUCAGUCAAGUAUGCAAUCUCAGUCACUUGGAAGAUGGUACAGCAGAUUCGGUGGAGAGUCUCUCUCACAUGCCCUCCCCCCUCCACCCAUCCCCUGCCAGUUCGUUUCAUACUGCCCAUGUUGCCAACUCUGCCUUGCCAAAAGAUGACCCAAACAGUAAUACUGUAGCCACUGAGGAAACCAGAAGUGAGUCAGAGUUUCUCUUCCUUCCUGAUUAUCUGAUCCUGUCCAACUGUGAGACUGGAAGACUGCACCAUGCCAGUCUUCCCACCAGAUGUGAUAGCUGGUCAAAUUCAGACCGUUCUUUGGAGCAGACUUCAUUUGAUGAUGUUUUUAUUGAUGGUCUGCAGCCAUUUACUGCUAAUAAUUUGGUCCACCCCCUGCACCAUGGGAAUGGAUCUCAGGAUGUGUCUUCCACAAGGCCCCAGGCUGCUCUAAUCUGGAACAGAGAAAUCAAUGUCCCAUCCAGGAACCACAGGUUUUCUUCACCAUUUCUGGAAUCUUCCUUAAAUACUACAAUUCAUGUAGAAAAAAAGCAAGUUUCCUUACCCAAUGGAGCAAAAGAAGUAAACAUUAUGUCCAACACUCCACCGCCUCGUCCACCUAAGCCAAGUUAUCUCUCUGAACGGCGUCAAAUAGAUCAGCUCUUGUUGACUGGGUACAGCAGUAGCAAGAAGCCAGGGUAUACUAUGGUGCCAAGAAGAAUCUCUCUCUCUGGUUUAGAUCAUGCAGGGUCAUGGAAAGGUGAUGUACAAAGCCAGUCCUUAAGACACCGAGAAAAGCGGCUCAGUUUAAAUCUGCCAUGUAAGUUUUCACCGAUGUAUCCCACAGCUUCACUCAGUGCUGAAGACAGCAGCUAUGUGCCCAUGAGCCCUAAAGACACUACUUCUAGUCUUAGACCCAAUUACUGCCAGGAUGACUACAUCCCAAUGAGUUCAAGCAUGCUGCCAGAGUUACCUGCAGACUUGGAGCCACCUCCAGUGAACAGAGAUCUCAAGCCCCAGAGGAAAUCACGGCCACCUCCCUUGGACCUGAGGAACCUUUCCACCAUUCGAGAACACACAUCUCUAACCAGGACUCAUACUGUGCCUUGCAAUCGAACCAGCUUUCUCUCUCCACAAAGAAAUGGUAUUAAUUCUGCAAGAUUUUUUGCCACUCCUUCCUCCUCCGAAGAAAGCUACAUCCAAAUGGAAGAAUACAGAACAGUCAAUUCUAUGAGUAGUAGUGCUCUUACUUGGACAAAGAAAUUCAGCCUGGAUUAUUUGGCCCUGGACUUCAAUUCAGCAUCAUCAGCCCCUGUGCAGCAGAAACUUCUUCUUUCAGAAGAACAGAGAGUAGACUAUGUCCAAGUGGAUGAGCAGAAGACACAAGCUCUCCAGAGCACCAAGCAGGAGUGGACCGAUGAGAGGCAAUCCAAAGUGUGAGAGUGCAGGGUGGGGAAUAGGAGGCCUUCAGCCUGCAAGUUGGGAAAGCUGCAAAUCCAGGACCGGUGAGGAGUUAAGCUUUCCUUAGGGAAGAAGGAGGCCUGAGGCAUACACAGUCUGCCUAUAAAGGCACAAAAAUAGAACUGGAAUCAGCUGAAUUAUCAUGGCCUGUAGUUCAGUGUCCAAACUGAAGAAGCCCACAAACAUUCCUCUUCUUAAUGAUCUCCUUAGCCCCCCAUUCAUAUCAUCUCUGUACCUACAAUGACACUGAUUUUAAAAUUUUAUUUCACUUUUCCUAUUUCAUUUCUGGCUUUAAUAAAAGUUUUGUAAGAAGGAA